UUGAUCAGUUUAGUUUUCAAUCAACUCAAUAUUCACUUAUAAGGAACUACAAUUACUGGUGGUUUAUGAAUCAUCAUAUCAUUUGGUGGAACUACAUCUACAGAUGGAUAGCCUUCGCACAAUAAAAUUGGUGUUGGGAAAUUAUAUACUCCCAAAAAAGGUCUACACUUUCUAGUUUUGCAAUCAAUUCAAAGCCAUAACUUUUAUAUCCAACUUAAAAUCAUAAACUAUGAAAUCAGAAUCAAUUAUAAUCAUUGCUUAUUGGUUUCUACUUUUGAAUAAUCCCAAGAAGAUAAGUGCCGCCAGUACUCGAAAAUAUGUAUCUCAAUAUUCCAUUUCAAAUUGUACCGAUAGUGAUUCAGGAUAUCUGCUGUCUGAUGAUGAUGAAGUUAGAGGUAGAAGCGGUAAUUUAUUCUCAUUUAGAAGUAUUAUAAAUUAUUUCAGAGGUGAUUCCAUGGAAGAUGAGUAUAAUUAUGAUGUAUCUAAAGAUGGCGCUUAUGAAAAUAAUUUUGAAGAUGAUGUUGUAUCCGAUUCAGAUCAUGAACCAGAACCAGAACAAGAUAUGAUAGCGGAAAAUGAAUCAUCUGAUGAAGAUGUAUUUGUGGAAGGUGAAAAUGAUGAUGAUGAUGAUGACGAUGAUGAUUAUGGUCAAGCAGAAGCUCAAACAGAAAGUGAUGAUGAAGUUGAAGCUAAUGAAGAUGAUCAUCAUGAUAAUGAUGAUACCGAUGAUACUGAUGAAGAUACUGAUAUUGGAUCAUUUGAUGAUUAUGAAGGAUUCUAUGAUGAUUUUGAUUUUGAAUUUUAUAGACUUCAUGGAAUGGCCAAUCCACCAGCUAAUAGAUCAAGAAAAGCAAGAAGACUUCAUCAUCAAGUUAUUAUACUUAAUAAUACUAGUAAAGCUAAUAGUACAUUGGAAAUUAAAAUUAAAAAACCGGAUGAACAAAAGAUUAUUAAUGUUUUUAAGAAUGCUACAGAUACAGUAUUGAAUUCAAAAGGUUUUACGAAAAUGGUUUCAGGUGUAAAUGAUAUAUUAUAUAAAGGAUUAUCUAAAGCUACUGAUAAUGCCAAUAUUACAGAAAUGAGUAAAUGGUAUACCCUUUAUAAUCUUGUUUUAGAUUCUGGACCUAAAAAUUUUGUUAAAACUCUUACAACUGAUCCUCAAGCUAAAGAGAUUAUUAAAGAUAAAAUUAAGAAUGGUGCUGAUUUUGCUCAAUCUAAAAUUAAUGCCGUUGAUAAUUUUAAGACUAAUGUUAAGAAAUUUGUUAGUACUGAUCAAUUAGUAACUAAUUUUAAUAUGACACUGCAAAGACUUGAAGAUGUUAGUAAAGUAUUUUCAUUUUCAAAAGUCUUAAAUUUUUUUAAUUCACCAGAAGAAGAGGACGAUGAAAAAGCAAAGGAAGUAGUUAUACCUCCUAAAUUUAUAAUAUAUGAGUAUGGUAAUUGUUCUGAUAAUGAUACUCUGAAUUCUACUGAUGAUAAUUAUACUAGGAAUAGAACUUGGACUAGUAUAAUUGAUGGAGCUAAUGGACAAUCAGUUAGUACAUUGUUAGGAGUUUUAUUAGCUACGAUAGUAACAUUAAUUAUUUAAUUAUUAUUAUUAUUAUUAACAAGU